UUCGGAAACUCGCUCCACAGUGAACACAGCGGCUUUGCUGCCCUCACUUCGCGCCUUUUCUUCAAUCUUCAUCCAUUCCAAUCUCUGCAAACCCUAAAUUAGUUAUCUCCAUUCAUCCAAUUUCUCACUCACUCUCCAUAAUUCGCCUCUGAAAAUGCAGCGUCUUUCGUUCUCCAAUGCCUUAACAUCUCCAACCCCUCUCUUCCUCCACACAGAGCUCUCCCACCUCUCCCUCCAAUCCAUAACUCUAACCCCAAAACCCACAAGCAUCCGAAUGGGCGGCGGACCCAGAACUUUCCCUGGUGGCGUAUCCAAGUGGCAGUGGAAGCGCAUGCAGGCAAAGAAGGCCAAGCAGCUCCUCAAGGCUCGGCUCUGCCGCGAGCGCCAAAUCUACGAGAUGCGAAAGAGGGCCGAGCUCAAAGCCGCCGUGUCUGAGCUUGAGCGGCCAUGGGAGGUGGUCGAGAAAGCUCCAAACUUGUUCUCUGUCAGCGCCGACGAGCAAGUCAAGGUUUUGGCAGAUAGGUUCCAGAGGCCUGGUGGCUUCGAUAUGUGGACCGAGAGGGACGGCCCUCAGUUGUUUCACACCAUGGAUGACUUGCCGUCUGCGAGGUUUUUCCCCAAAGGGGUUGUUCAUAGUGUGAGACCGUAUAAAAGAAUUUCUGGGCCUGAGGAUUUGGAGGAUUUGGAGCUUCAAGAUGAGGGCUUUGGAGGAGUUGAAGAACUGGGUAAUGGGUUUAAGAGUAAAGGGAAGGUAGGAAGUUCAAGUGAGUCAUUGGAUGUAGAGGGUUCAGAUGGGGAGGGUUUGAAUCUGAAACGUUCCUUGGAAUCGUUGAGUAUGAAUGAUCAAACUGGGAAGAAGAAUAAUGGCAGAAUGAAGAAGAAGGGGAAUAGGAGAAAGUCUGAGUCUUCAAGUGGGUUUGAUAAUGGGCAAAUUGGUUUUGAUAGGAAACAAAGAGUACAGAGUCCCAUAAUGCGCGGUGGCAAAAGUCGACAUAAUAGAAGGAAUAGUUCAAAGUCUGAUGUUUUUGAUAUGAGCUUGCUGCAAGAUGGAAGUUAUGAACUUCAAGCGUAUAAUGGCCAGCCAUGAAUUUCAGCUCAAAGUUUGGACUGGAAAGAGCCAUUCACAAAGAAUCAAGGGAUUAUGAACUGGGCGAUCCUAAGAACUCGUUAAAUGACAAUGAAUAAGCAGUUUAAGUAAAAAUUGCCACAUUAUGCAGAGGAAGUCUUCAUGUGUUUGAUGAAGGCUCAUGAUUCAGGAAACAUUGUCACGCUCCCAAAAAUGUAUGUAUUACCUUUCGUAGUUAUCCUGUGCUGAAAUAGUUGAAUGAAAUGUAGUCCUCAUCAAAGUAUAUAUGACAUAUAGUAUCGACUAAUUGAUUAAAAUUUGCUAAUUGCUA